AUGUAUAAAGUUUUAAAGUUGUUUCUCAUAAUUGCUCCCUUACUGAUUGCAGCUCGAAAGUACAAAAUAGCCAACAAAGGCGAAUACGUAUCGUCGAUCGAAGAAUUUCCUUACCACGUAGCGAUCAUCGUCGAUGAACAUUAUCAAUGUGGUGGUGCUUUGAUUUCUGAUCAACACGUUCUCACUGCUGCGCAUUGCGUCCAAGACGUCGUCAAAGAUCCUAACAGCUAUGUGGAGAUUCGAGCUGGCUCGACAAAUUGGAAAAGCGGAUAUACGAAGUUCGACGUUCGCAGAGUAGCCCACUCUCCGGACUACAGGAAAGACAGUGUAGUAGGCGAUGUUGCAAUUAUUCAACUUAAAGAACCUGUGACUUUUACUGAGAAAAUAAAGCCAAUCGGUUUACCUAAUUUGAAUGCCGACGUACCUACGGGAACCUUCGUUUGGAUCGCCGGAUGGGGAUCGAACAUUACCUCUCCAUUAGUGACAGAUGAGCUGCGAGUAACCCUCACAAACACUGUGUCUUAUGAGUUUUGCGAGGAGAAAUGGAACGCCACAGUAUCUAGACAUAAAAUUUGCACCUACCGACCGGAUUUCCAUGGCACUUGUCCGGGAGACAGCGGCAGCCCAAUGGCCGAUUUAGACAGAAAAGUAGUCUUAGGCAUAGUGUCUGCAGUAGCUAAUCCCUGUGCCAGCGGUGUUCCAGAGUCACACACCAAAGUAUCCGACUAUCUGAUGUUCAUUCUCUACGAGAUGGGUUAUGCAGUGGACCGUUAUCCCGAUUACGUACAUGAAGGAUACCCUGGCGUGAAUUACCAAUAA